UUAUUAUAUAAUAUUUUUUAAAACAUAAUAAUUUGUGUGUUUUUAGUCAAAACUACUUACAACAACCAAUCCAUUAAAUUCUGCAAAGAAAUAUUAUGUUUGUAAUAUUUGGUGUGUUUCAUAAUAAAAGAUGACAAAAGAAAAGAUUGAAGGAUUUCUGAAGCGGUGGCAUACUAUGAGAGCGACACAGUCGCGAAACAAAUGCCACGUCAAAUAAGGUUAAAAGCUUAAUUAAGAUUAGAUUUUUCUUUUUCCUUGUUUGAGUUUCUCAAGGUUAUUUUAGGAGGUUAUUGGAGAUAAAUUAAAGUUGUCAGGAUGUAUAUUUUGCGGAUCAAAAAUUCAAAAAUUUUAACGAAAAGAUUAGAAAGCAAGCUGAUAUUAUUUUUAUACAUUUUUGUUCAUAUGUUUGAUCGAAUUAGAAUUUUUUUAAUUAUAUAUCAAUAAUAUGUUAAGAGUCUUAUUAAGACUAAACAUAACUAUUAAAUACUCCAUAAUACAAUUAACACACAACAUAACAUAACAUAUCAAUUCAGUAUUCUCUAUUUUAUAAUACAGAGGUAGAAACAUUCAAAGGAAAGCGAGACGAACGCCGCUCUUUCGCCUCCCACGUUCACUUAACUAACUCUCUUCUCCUUGAACAAAUUUGAUUCUUCGAAGCCUCAAGAGAAAGAAAGACCUCUCGAAAAUGGGGAAUUUUCUGGCCAAGGAACCGCCGCCUCCGGUGGUUCUUGUCCCUCCGCUCUUUGAUUUCCCACCUCUCUCCGCCCGUAACAGGAUGUUGGAACCAUCAUACAACUUGUUGUUUGGGAAGCUUGCUUUGAAAUGUCUCUUUGAGGAUUACUUCGAAGACGCUCGUCAAUUCUCUGCAAAGUUUUUGUUGAAGCCUAUUGAUGAUCCUCAUGUGGACUUGGUUGCAUCUCUUUCAGGCGCUCUAGAUCGUAAAGCGGAAGGUGAUCUCGUGGGGAAUGCAUUGUUUCGCUGGCAAAGUGAUGUUGAUGAUCCUCAUACUUUUGUGGACCUCUCUGUGUCCACCUCCAAUCCGGUUCUACUAAUGAGGUCUUCUGCUUACUACCCUAAAUAUGGAGUGGGAGCGUUUGCAAUCUAUCCUUUACUUUCAAAAAAAGCUGAACAGUUGUCUGACGAAUAUGGAAUUAUGGGGUUGAGAUAUGGCUCAACGAAUUUGUCUCUCGGAGCUACUGUCUCUCCUUUUACUACAAAGGACGAGUUUCCUAAGAGUGCAUGGUUGGUAAGCAAGAUGGGAAGGCUUACAGUAGGAGUACAAUAUGAGCCGCUAUGUGAAAACAAAGACACCGCAAAAUACAGCGACCUAAGGAACUGGAGUUGUGCUGCUGGUUACGGAGUAGGGUCAAGAAGCCCCUUAAGCCCUUCUUUCAACUUUGGCCUCGAACUAGCCAGGAGCUCUCAGUUUAUCGCUUCGUUCUACCAACAUGUAGUUGUCCAAAGGCGGGUGAAAAAUCCUUUUGAAGAAGACGAAGUAGUUGGAAUCACAAACUACAUUGACUUAGGUUUUGAGCUACAAACGAGGGUUGAUGAUUCCAAGGCGUCAGACAACCUCCCAGAUUCUUCUCUGCAGAUGGCUGCGUCUUGGCAGGCCAAUAAGAACUUCAUGCUGAAGGGUAAAGUUGGAGCUCUAAGCUCAACAUUCACAUUAGCAUUCAAGUCCUGGUGGAAACCGUCUUUCGCAUUCAAUAUUUCAGCAACUACUAAUCAUUCGACUAGAGAAACAGCAUAUGGGUUCGGUCUCCGUGUUGAUAACAUAAGAGAAGCCAGUUACCAAAGAGCAGAUCCAAACUUUGUAAUGCUGACACCAAACAAAGAACACCUGGCUGAUGGGAUUGUGUGGCAAAUGGGGAAGAGACCAAUGUUUCAAUCCGAUUUAGACGCUGAAAACUUCAGUGAGCUGCCUAAAGAACUUAGACCUCCCCAGAAGAUUCUCUAAGCUUUAAAUAAAAUCUUUUCUUUUUCCUUAAUUUUUAUUUUUCAUUUCUUGAUUUUCACAAUAAGCUUGACUAAAGAGAAGUUAUACAGCAGUAAUAAAAUGGCAACUCUCUCCGGUUACUAAGCUUGAAUAGGCCCUGGGAUUUUGAUCGAACUGAAAUUUUGGUUAUUGAUUUGGUUUGAUGGUUA